AUGAUUAAAUCAAUGAAUUUCUCUUAUGAUUUAUGUUUAUUAACAUUUAUUUUUUCUACUGUCUAUUCCAAUAUAAAACCUACUAUUACAAAAGAUUGGUUAGUUGAAUUUCAUCAUCAAAUUGAACCUGAUGUUGCCAAACAUAUUGCUAAACGAUAUGCUAUGAUUUCUCGAGGACCGGUAUUAAAUGAUAAACAUUUAUAUCACUUUGUUGAUCUUAAACCAAUACAUCCUCAUGCACGUAAAAAACGUGAUAUUGCUCAAGAAAAACUUAUUCAACAACAUCAUCUUAUAAAACGAGCUAUUCAUCAAAUACCUCAUAUUCGUGUCAAACGUGGUUAUCGUUCAUUAGAUAAAGUUAAAGAUACUUUUUCAAAAUAUCAACAACCAAAUGAUCCUUAUUUUAAAUAUCAAUGGUAUUUGAAAAAUGUUGGACAAGCUGGUGGUAAACCUCGACUUGAUUUAAAUGUUGAAGAAGCUUGGGCACUUGGUUAUACAGGUAAAAAUGUUACAACAGCUAUUAUGGAUGAUGGUCUAGAUUAUACACAUCCUGAUCUUAUGCAUAAUUAUAAUGCAGCUGCCAGUUAUGAUUUUAGUAGUAAUGAUCAAUAUCCUUAUCCACGUUAUACAGAUGAUUGGUUUAAUAGUCAUGGAACACGUUGUGCUGGUGAAAUAGCUGCUGCAAAAGAUAAUAAUAUUUGUGGUGUAGGUGUUGCUUAUGAUUCAAUGGUAGCGGGUAUUCGAAUGCUUGAUCAACCUUAUAUGACAGAUCUUAUUGAAGCUCAUUCAAUGGCACAUGAACCAGAUUCGAUCGAUAUUUAUUCAGCAUCAUGGGGACCAGUUGAUGAUGGUAAAACAGUCGACGGACCACGACAUGCAACUAUGAAAGCAAUUGUCAAGGGUAUUAACGAAGGCCGUCGUGGUCUUGGUUCAUUAUAUGUAUGGGCAAGUGGUGAUGGUGGAUCAAAUGAUGAUUGUAAUUGUGAUGGAUAUGCUGCAUCAAUGUGGACAAUAUCAAUAAAUUCAGCUAUUAAUGAUGGUCGAACAGCACUUUAUGAUGAAUCUUGUUCAUCAACACUUGCAUCAACAUUUAGUAAUGGACGUAGUGAUGAUCCACAGGCAGGAGUUGCAACAACAGAUUUAUAUGGACAAUGUACUUUGAAACAUUCUGGUACAUCAGCAGCAGCUCCAGAAGCAGCUGGUGUAUUUGCACUUGUACUUGAAGCAAACCGUCAAUUAACAUGGCGUGAUAUUCAACAUUUAACGGUCUUAACAGCAAAACGUAAUCAAUUAUUUGAUCCAACAAAACAACAUUUAUGGCAUAUUAAUGGAGCUGGAUUGGAAUUUAAUCAUUUGUUUGGUUUUGGUGUUCUUGAUGCUGGUGAUAUGGUUCGACAUGCUAAAAAUUGGAAAUCAUUACCAACUCGAUUUCAUUGUUCAGCUGGUAAUAUAACUGGAAAACGAAUAAUUCCUGAAAAAGGUUCAUUAAAAUUAACAAUUAUUACAAAUGCAUGUAAAAAUACAAAAGAUGAAAUAAAUUAUCUUGAACAUGUUCAAGUAUUUAUUACACUUAAAAGUACUCGACGUGGUAAUACAGUUAUUUUUCUUACAUCACCACUUGGUACACGAUCAUUAAUUUUAAGUCGUCGUCCAUUAGAUGAUGAUUCAACAAAAGGUUUUUAUAAAUGGCCAUUUAUGACAACUCAUGCAUGGGCUGAACAAGCACAAGGUCACUGGACACUUGAAAUACGUUUUGAUAAUGAUGAUAAUAUUAAUGCACCAUUAACUAAACAACAAAAUCAAACAAUAAUUGAUAAAGAAAAAAGUCAAAAAUUAACAAUUGGUGAAUUUUAUGAAUGGUCAUUAGUAUUACAUGGUACAAAAAAAUCACCUUAUCAUCAACAAAUACCAUUAGAACAUCAUGGAAAUAAAAGCAAAUUAUUUAUUGCUAAACAAAUUCAUUUAAAUAAUUUUCAAGAUAAAGCUAAAUAUGUUAAAUUAUUAAAACAAGAUAAUCAAAAACGUUUAGGUAGUGAUGAUGAAAUUGUGAUGUAA